AUGAGCGACGGCGGCGCCGAGCCCUGGGCCUGGCAUUCGGACAUGCAGUUUACUGGAAAGCUGCUGCUCUCCGCCGCUGCCCUGCUCCUGGGGACUCUGGCCUACAAGCUGUACAAGUCCGGGCCGGGCCGGAACCCACCCGGAGGGGGGACGAGCACCAACGAGGAGCCAGAGGUAACGGGGCAGGCCGAUCCGGCUAGGACCUCCCCCAGGGCUCCGCGGCCCGGCCACAGACGGCGGCGCCGGGUCAGCGGGGAGGACGGAGCAAAAGGCAGUCCGGCUUUGGGGAAUGGCCAGCCAGAGGGGGCCGGGGGGGCCCGGGACCUCGAGGACCUUGGAGACAGGCCUCGAGAGGGGAGCCAAGGGGCAGCCCCGGACAGAGAGGAGCCAAAGCCUGGGGACUGCCCAGCCCGGGACGGCCUCGGGGAGAAAGCCGACAGGCGGGCUAAGGACUGUCCCCCCCUUCUGGAUGACUGUGACGGGGACCUGGAAAGCCCCCAGCCUGGGCCUGCUCAAGCCAAUAGCGAAGCAGGCUGCCCCGGUGACUCACGGGCAGCGCCGGGGCUCCUCCUAGAGCGAAUCAGGGGGCAGAGGGAGGAGGAGGAGAGCUCGCGGGCCCCACUCUGGGGAGACAUGGAUAGGAGCUGGGUUUUCACCCAGGCUGCCGGGCUCAGCCAGGAGAGGCUGGGGCUCACCAGGGCCACCUCGGACAUGGGCCUGGCUGUCAGGCGGAGGGCCGGGGACACGGACACCUCCUACGUCUUCUCCUCCCAGGCCAGGGCCCAGGUAGAGGAGAACUUUCUUGGGGAGCAGACGCUGCAGGAGCGGCCCGGGGGGCAGGCCGAGGACUCCGCCUGCCCCGGCCUGAAAGGAAAGAUCUAUGACUUCUACGUGGUGUCCACCUCCCGCUCCAUCUCCGGAGCCGGCGCUUCUGGGAGCCCCGGAGGAGGGGGGGUGCCUCAGGGCUCACCCCGGCUUCCCACCCAGCCUCACACCCACUUCCCUGACACCCAUCCCUCGACCUCCCCGGGCCGGACCCGUCCCGCGGGCGAUGCCGAGGCUCUCUCUGGGAGCUCCUCCUCCUCUCAGAACGCCUUUUCCCCAGCUGGGCCCGGCAUCGGCCGGAAGGAGAGUUUUCUGCAGAUUGCGGAGAACCCGGAGUUUCAGCUUCCGCUGGACCACACGGGAACCUCGUCGUCCGGUGCCACCCGGCCGGCCCGCCAUUCGUCCGCCGAGUCUCCGGAUUGGCAGCCAGCCACGGCUCGUCUGGAACCCCAGGUGGAGGUGGUGGCUGGUACCAAUUUCUUCCAGCUCCCGCUCCUCCCCGGAGCGGCUCAGAACACCCGCCUGGACCUGGGCAACUGCUCCCACGUGCUGAGGCUGGCCAAGAGGGAGAAGCUGGAUGCCCUGAAGGAAGCGGCCUACAAAGUGAUGAGCGACAAUUACCUGCAGGUCCUCCAGAGCCCAGACAUCUACGGGCACCUGAGCGGGGCCGAACGGGAGCUGGUCCUGCAGCGGCGCCUCAAGGGGCAGAAGUACCUGGUGGUGGCGGACGUCUGCCCGCAGGAGGGCACCGGCCGCCUCUGCGCCUACGAUGACGAGCGAGACGCCUGGUGGCCCCUCGCUAACCUGCCCCCCGAGGCCAUAUCCUGGGGGUGCUCCAUCUGCAGCCUCUUCAAUUACCUCUUCGUGGUAGCGGGCUGCCAGCGGGCCGGGGGGCAGGCCUCCAACCGCAUGUUCUGCUACAACCCCCUGACGGGCAUCUGGAGGGAGAUGUGCCCCCUGAACCAGGCGCGGCCCCACUGCAAACUGGUGGUCUUGGAUGGGUACAUGUACGCCAUCGGGGGCGAAUGCCUGUACACGGUGGAACGCUACGACCCUCGCCAAGACCGCUGGGCCUUCGUGGCGGCCCUGCCCAACGACACCUUCGCCUUGGCCCACACGGCCACAGUCUGCGACGGCGAGAUCUAUGUGACGGGCGGCACCCUGCGCUACCUGCUGCUCCGCUACUCAGGGCAGGAGGAUCGCUGGCGAGCCAGCCCCACCGGGGGCGGCAAGGACCGAACGGCAGAGAUGGUGGCCGUCAACGGCUUCCUCUACCGCUUUGACCUCAACCGCAGCCUGGGCAUCGGGGUAUAUCGCUGCAGUGCCCGGACCCGGCUCUGGUACGAGUGCGCCACAUACCGUGUGCCCUACCCAGCCGCCUUCCAGUGCGCCGUGGUGGACAACCUCAUCCACUGCGUGGGCCGGCAGUUCCACCUCCGCUUCCUGGCUGACCACGUUUCUCCCCGCUUCCUCCCUGGGGACGAGCUCCAACGCUUCCCAUCCCCACAAGGCACCCUUAUCCCCACAGUCCUGGCACUACCCGCCCUCGAUAUGGCGCAGACCAGGGUCUAGGGAUCCCCUUAUUAUUUUGGAGGGAUGACCCUUAGCCACGGAACAGGGGAAAGAGAGUGGAUUCUAGAAUCAAGAGACCUGGGUUUGACUCUCGCCUCUGGCAUGUGCCAACUGUGUGAUCUCUGGGUGAGUCCUUGCCACUUUCUAAGUCUCCGUUCACUCAUCUGUAAAAUGGGAUGAAUAAUACUAACAAUAAUAAUC